AAUUAAGGGUGGAGUGACAUCUGCUUCCGGGGCAAGUGACAUGUUUUAUAUGAAAGAGUUCAAGGUCAUGGCUUGACAUUUUGGAACAACACCCGUCCGACUCAGCCGAGGGCACAGUAUUUCUCUGUAGUCUUUCUUCUCCAAUCCAGCACAGGUGAAUCUUCGGGCGUAACCAUGGCUACUGGUACACGAAAGCCCGUUGCCCUGGUAACGGGAGGUGGGAGCGGCAUCGGACGUGCCACGGCGGUCAGGUUUGCUGAGCUCGGGUACAGCUGUGUGGUGGCUGAUAUCGACGAGCAGAGCGUCAAGGAGACACUGGGCAUGCUCCAAACUCCGGGCAUCGCCGUGCAGGUGGACGUUACCAUGGCGACAAGCGUGGAAGCCAUGGUAACCGCGGCGGUUCAGCGCUUCGGACGGAUCGACUGCGCUUUUAACGGUGCUGGAAUCGAGGGAACCCCUGCCAGAAUCGCGGAUCACCAAGAAGAGGAGUAUGAUCGCGUCAUGGGCGUGAACGCCAAGGGCGUGUGGCUAUGUCUGAAGUACGAGAUCGCCCAGAUGCUGCAGCAGGAGCCCGUCGUGAGCGACCCGGCUAGAUGGGCCGACAAGCCGGACGUGUGCCGCUUCCGCGGGCAGCGGGGCAGCAUCGUCAACGACAGCAGCCGCUCGGGCCUGGGUCCCAUGCCUUACAGCUCUGCCUACUGCGCGUCCAAGUGGGCUAUCCUGGGGAUCACCGAGACAGCCGCAGCGGAGUACGCCAAGGACGGGAUACGUGUGAACGCCGUCUGUCCAGCACUCACGGCAACCUCCAUGCUGAGCCGGCUGAAGGAAAAGUUGCCUGCAGACUUCAUGGAGAAGCUGGACGCCAUGAGUCCUGUCGGUCGCGUCGCAGCGCCCCAAGAGGUAGCGGAGGCCGUGUGCUGGCUGUGCAGCGACGCCUGUCCGUUCACUACGGGAGAGCACCUGAAGAUCGCAGGAGGAAUUUGAAGCUGUCACGUACUGUACCGUGACCAGUCAUCAUCUCAGAAUCUCAGACACAACACUGGUGGCAGCUGUGGGACGGUCUACUAUAGGCACCAUGGUUUUUACCGGCCUUGUUCUUGUAAUCCAAGCCCAAGACGCUGUCCAACUUCAGAGCAGCGGUGCACCUAAUCUCCAAGCAGAUCCUACGGUUGCCAAUGAGUACUCUCGAUCUAUAGGCCGGCCACACUCCUUUGCCAGCUUGUGAUACUUCAUUAUUAAAUACUACCGUAAGUCCUGCUUAGAGCUUAACGAUAUUUCCUGUCGGAA